AUGAGCUUCAAGGUCACCUACACCGUCCAUGCGUCAAGGGCGGAGAGGUGGAUACGCGAAGUGAUGGAGAACUUCCUCGACGGUGCACCGAUCAAGUGCGCCGGGCUGGACUACGAGUUCAAUGAUGCGGUGAAGAAUAUUGUCCAUGCCAACGAUGUGCCAGAGACCCUACAUGAGUUCCUUAACGAAAAUUCUAUCAACUUCUGCGGUGCUGCUAUCGACAACGAUAUCGACAAGAUGGAUUACUACAACAUCGACAUUCCGAAGGCGAUAGACCUCCAACAGGUGAUCCUAAACCCGACUGCCAAACCGCUAGCUUCUAUGUACGAUAUGGCCAAUGCUUACAUUGGGACAAACCUAUCGAAGAAGGAUCCAGAGAUAGCAGCCCUGAGAUGCGAUGGAUGGGCAGACUUUCCACUUCAAUUCAACGAGAUCAAGUAUGCCGAUGUAGAUGCUCGCCUCAGCUUUGGGUUAGUUAGGAGGUGCUGGCAGCUACAAGUCUACAACAGCCACUUGGAUCGCCUCAAUGUAGUUUUAGAUGGUGUACAAGAAAUGUUUUUUGUUGAUGUAAUGGUCAAUCCUAAUUGUAAUGAGGUUAUAUAUAUUAUUUGA